AUGGCAAAUAUUUAUUGGGUAUUUGGUUAUAUUGCCAUUAUUUACGGAUUUUUACUACUAUUAGUGAAUCAAAUUCCUCAUAUUACUAUUAAAUACAUUGGAUUUUUAUCAUUAAGAGGGAUCACCAUAAGAUUAAAGAAUACCAAAAUAACAAUAAAUAAAAUCAAUAUAAGUGUAAAUUUAUUGGGUUCAAGUGAAAGUAAGAAUGCAAAUUUAUUCUCAUUGGAUAUAGUUGAUGUCGGAGUUACAUGUUUAAGGGACAAAUCUAAACCAAAACAGAAAUCAAAAUCAAAAAGCAAAAUACCACUUCAUGAAAGAUCCAUCAAGGAAGAACUUUUUUUCAAAAUUCCAAAAUUCAUUUAUCAAUUCUUUAUAAAAACCAAGAUUAUUAAUAGAGUAAAUUUUCAAGUGCAUAGAUUAUCAAUAUAUCAUCAAGAAACUCAUGAAAAUUUUAGUACAUUCCUCGAAUUCUUAAGGUUAGAGACUAACAUAUUAAAAGAAAGUAAUUUAAGAUUCACUGCAACAUUAUAUAAUGCAAUGCUUUAUGAAGUUGGUGAUGAAAAUAAUAAAAUUCAAUAUUUCAGAAAUGCGGAAUUUUUUAUCAAUUGUAUUUUUAUAACUGCUUGUCCUAUUAAUGUUAAAGACAAAAUCACAUUAUAUUUUCAAGAUUUUGAAACUUCAUUAUCCAUUAGUAGAUUAAAUAUACCAUUGAAUUUAUUAUCUAAGAAUAGAGAUAGAAAGUCAAAAGAACCAGAUACAAGCAAUGAUAAUGAUGACUCUCAAAGAAUAACUAACGUUCUUCAAUACACAAAUUUAGUGAAAGAAAUAAUUUCAAUAUAUUCAACAACUACUAUACGGCUUGAGGAUUUUACGUUAGUUCAUGAUGAUUUAAAAUUUAAUUUGUCAAAUUUUGCAUUUUCAUUAGAUAAAGUGGAAAGAGAAGAUGAGAAUGAUCAAUUAAAAUUACUUUUGUAUUUGACAUCCUUUAAGUUUUAUCAUUUAGAAUCGAAAUGUUUUGAAUUACCAUCAGGUACUAUAACUUAUCAAGUUUGUCCUUUAGAAAUGUUGAGAGUUACACAAGUGUUAUUGAAGCAUGAAGAAUCUUCUAAUGAAUUCAUAAAUUUUGAAACUAAUAUUACAUUAACAAAUCCAACUUUUGAUUUUUAUUAUGACCAACAAGACAUAUUAUUUAAAUUUUUGAGAGAUCAAAUUAUGCUGAGAAGAAUGAAAAAAAUGACAUCUGCUGCAGGUGUAAGAAGGAAAGAAGAGGCGUUAUUGAAAUUGAAAAUUGCUUCGAAAUUAAUCAAGUCUGUUUCGAGUAAAAUUAUUAUUGUUGAUACUGACUUAAAUAUUCAUUUACCGAAAAUUGGUGAUAAUAAGGAAAAUGAAUUCAAUAGAUUUUCAAAGAACAAUACAGUUCUAAAACUUUCAUUAUCUGGUUUCAUUCAUAGAUUAUUCACAAGAUCUCAUACAAAAGGUAGACACACAGUCAAUUCAUUAAUUAAAAUUAAAAACUUAAAAGGUGAAGAGGCAGGUAAUAUACUUCAUUUUUCUAAGAUAAAUAUUUUAGCAGCUUAUGAUUUAGCAGAUGGUAAAUUAGGUUUAAGACUUUCAAGUAAAUCUAUCAAAAUUAGAUCAGUCAAUGAUAUUUUUUUUUAUUUGGUAAGACAAUUCAGAAAUCAACAAAUUAUUUAUUUUAAUAAAAAGUUUGAUGAAUUAAAACACAAGGAUCAGUUAAAAGUUGAAGAACCAACAUCAGUAAAUGAAGAAACUUCAACUAAAGGUGAUAGCUUUAUAAAAUUAUUUAAAAUUAUUCCUCCAUUUAUUUCAUCCGUUAAAUUAAGUGUUACUUCCAUAUUAAUAGAUAUAGUAUGUAAAGAAGGACUACCUAGUCAUAAAGUCUACGACGAAAAUCUUGGUAAAGAAAUUGAUUUGAAAGAUUAUAGACGUGGUGUUUCUUUAAAAGUUGAUGAGAUCAAUGCUGGAUAUAAGUUGAAUAAGGAGCUUCUAGAAUCAUCAGUUAAAUUGGUACAAGUGUUUACAUUGAGUGAAUAUUCUAGUGAAUAUAUGGAUGAUUUUGAUAAAGUAACCGAAAUGCAUGCUACAGAUUCUGAAUUAGAUGAAAUGUCAAGUAUAAAUUCAUUAGCUUCAAAUCCUAUUACAUCAGAUGAUUUCAAUGACGAUAAUGGAACUAGACGAAUCAAGACAGUUUUAACAGUUAAUGAUAUUUACAUAACCAAUGAUUCAGUGAAGGAAGAUCGUGAUGUCAAUAGACUCUCAUUAACAAUCCCAGAUAUUGAAGGUAGAAUAGACAUGUUCUUUUUAUGGUGUAUGUUUUAUGCUAAAACCAUGUUGGAAAGAUUUGCACCAACAAUAGCAAGAAAAUGUACAAAGAAUGAAAUAAAAAAAAUGACUGGUCCAAGAAAGAAAGUUAAAUUAGAUAUAACUAUAGAUAGUUUUGCAACAGUUAUAAGACUCCCUAAUAAAGUUGAUGUAUUGAUAGAAUUUGAAUUUUCAAGAUUGAACAAUGCUCUUGUGUUGAAGAAUGCAGAUGUUAGAAAUAUCAGAUUAUAUGUUGUCCACCCAGCUACUAAAUUAUGGGCUAGAUUAUUAGUUAUAAAACAACCUAAUUUUAGUAUUGAUUUAUCAAAAACUUUACAUGAUGCAAGUUUUGAAUUGUUGACUAAAUCAGUUAGAUUUGAUAUUCCUUAUCAAUUUUUAUUUUUUACAGUUAUUGAUAAUUUCAUUUCCUUUUUUAAAGCUAUUAAACAAUUAAAGCACAAUUUCACAUAUUUUAACUAUGGAGCUGAAGAAUUUGAAAGAGUAUUUCCAAGUGCUAAACAAGCUAUAAAAUUUCCUCAUAUCAAUUUGAAAACAUCUGUAUUAGGACUUUCACUUGAAAAUGAUCCAUUUGAAAAUGAAUUAGAAUUAAUUUUUGAAUUAGGAGUUAUCGAGCAAAAGGAAAGGUUACGUAAAUUGAAAGCAUUUGAAUCAAAAGCUAAAGAAAUGUUAGCAAAUGCAGAACCAGAUAUAGAACAUCAAAUUGAAUUGUCUAAAACUCCUGCUCCGAAACCUCCACCAGUCCAACAACAAGAUAGUACCUGUAGAUUUCAUAGUCCCUUACGUCAUGAAUCAAGCUCAAGUGGCCAUGAGAAUGGAGGUGGUAAAAAGAUCAAAGAAACAUUUAUGAAAUUAAGAAAACAUCAUUCACAGACAACUAACAAAAGUAAAGAAGAAUAUUGCACAGAUUCACAACCAAAAAAACCUCGUUUAACCAUGUCACAGGCUGAAGAUGAAAUCAAAAAAGCAAGAGACAGAUUGAAUCAGAAUUUUGCAUUAUCAUGGACCAGAAAAUUUGAAGUUAUGAAAAAAGUUCGUGGUAGAUUAUGGCAACAAAGAAUGGAAGACGUUUGGGGAAAAGAUGAAAUCACUGAAACUAUGAAAAAUAAGUAUGACAUUGUUGCAUACCCUCAUGGACCACCAAUGGCUGGUGCUGUUUUUAGAGACGUUAACUUGACUUUAGAUAGAUUUAGAGGUGGUGACAUUGAUGAAUUUUUGUAUAAAUUUGCUAAAAAACAACCAAAAUUGACCUACUCGAUUUUAUGUCCAAUGUAUCUUAAUUUGAAGUCAAGAAAGUUUUAUAUGAUAUUAAGAGAUUAUCCUUUACCAUUAGCUUCAUUUCCAACAGCUAGUAAUCCACAAAAUCCAACCAUCAACAUUGAAGCAAAUAUAAUUAUAAACGAACAUUUAUUUUCAAGGCAAGAAGAAUUGAGAUAUAUAUUUGUACCAUAUUCAUUAGCAGCGACUGAUCCAAAUUCAGCUGAUAAUUUCUAUUCAGUUAAUAUUCCAAGAACAUUAACACCUGUGAAAGUUGCAGCUGAUUUUAAUUGUGAUUUGAUAACUGAUAGAGCAUGUACUAUUAGUUGGUGUAAAGCUUAUCAACCAGCAUUAGGAGCAAUGGGUCAAGCAUUUGAAAAUUUUACAAAGCCAGCAAUAGAUGAUAGUCCAAUAGGAUUUUGGGAUAAAGUUCCAUUAAUAAUGCACGGAAAAUAUCAGUUCAAUGUAGCUAAUGAAUUAUGUUUGUUAAUGAAAAGUGGUACAUCGCCUACAAAAUUAGUUGGUAGAGAUUCUGGAUUUGCAUUUUGUUGGAAAGAUAAUGUUUCGUUAUGUUUUGACGGUACUAUUGAUCCAAAAAACUUUAUUGUUAUUACUAGUGAUGACUUUAUUUUUGCUAUACCUAACUAUUCAAUUGAAGAGAAAAAUAUAUGGAGUUUGUUUUACGAUGGAGCUGAUGUUACCACACCAGAUUAUGAUUUGGAUGCUAAAAAAUUUCACAAAAAAGUUAUCAAAUUAUCAACUAAUGAUAGAGUUAAAUGGGUUUUAGGAUUCAUGUUUGAAAGAAAUAAGUUAGAUUCUAAGAAAUUAUGUGAUGAAGAACCAAGAACUAGAAAAUUCAAACCUCAUUAUGAUGUUGUCGUUACAAAUCCAAUUAAUAAAUAUCAUCCUGAUUCUUAUGAAGGCUACAGAUCAGAUUAUGUUCAUAUGGCUUUAUCAGUAAUAUCAAAAUCACAUAAUGGUGAAGCAUACAAUGCUGCAUAUUUAACUCCAUUAACUUUUCAUCAUUUCUUCUAUUGGUGGGAUACUAUAGCUCAUUAUUCUCCAUUACCUACUAGAAAUGGUAAACUUUUUGCUGAAGAAGGUAAGAAAAAAGUUAGUGUUAAAUUUAGUCCUCAUAUAUUUACUGUAAAAUAUCUAAUGGUUUUCAAUCCUGUUACUAUCUCACAUUUAUAUAUUCAUUCAAGUAAUGAAAUGCAUAAUCAAAAGAAUAGAGUAGCAUUCACCGGAUUAAAAGGAAAGUUUAAAAUUUGUGAAAUUGACUUACAUCAAGCUAAAGAGUUAAUGACUUAUGUGAACAAGAAAUUGAAUAGAAAAACACAAGUUAAGCAUUUGAAGAUGAAUCAAGCAGAAAUUAAUAUUGAAGAAGCUGACAUUAGAGUAUUGAAUGCUUUGUUUCAUGAUCAAUCAAUAAGUGGUAAAUUGAUGAGUUAUUUAACUGGUGACCUACAAUCUUCAAAUUCUUCAACAAAUUCAGAUGCUCCGAAAUUUUCAAAAUGGAUUGAAAGUAUUGAUAUACCAGAUGGUGAUUAUUCUUGGGUUGAUCCAGAAGAUUUCAUUGAAUUGGAAGUUGAACCAUUAUCACCAAAUCCUAAGAUAAGGAUAUUACCAUUUUUUUACACACCUAAAUUCACUUAUUUUAGAGAAUUCACUUUAAAGAAAAAAGGACCUUUCCCAUUUGGUAAUGAACCCAUACAUGAUUGUAUAAUGGAUUUGGAAAAACCAGCAGCAGUUCAAACCAGAAUUUUAGACGAAAGAAAGAAAACUUUGAAUAAAGAAGUUGAAAAACUUAAAGCUAGCUUUUCUGAUCCUAAUGCUCAAAACAUUGAUAAACAACAUUUGGAAAAUGAAAUUAAUUUGUUGCAAGAUAAGAUCCAGGUUUUGGAAGAAGCAGGUAAGAACUUUACAGAAAAUGAUUUAAAAUUGACUCAAUCAUUUGAUGAAGGAGAUCAUUUAAGUUUGGAGAGACAAAUGUCAGGAUUAUCAGCAUAUACUAGUCAUACAUCACAGAGUGAACUUUUGGAAGCUUCAAAUGUUGUUGCAGUUGCGGAAUUUCAUAAUAGAUUUAUUUUACACAAUUUGAAAUUAAUAUGGGAUGAUGAUUUAAAGGAGUAUUUUAUUAGUUACUUGAAAAGAAUUAGUGAUAGAAAAAAUCAUGUUUAUUAUAUGACAAAAACUGCAGUUGAUUUAGUUCAAAGUGUUAUAAAUGAAAAUGGACCAACUGAUGAUGCUUCAAUUAAAUUCCAAGAUCAAGAUAAUGCAUUUAAGAAUUUUUUCAAAGAUGGUUGUGAUGUGAUUGAAAGUUUUAACGAAGAAUUAGAGAAAAUUAAUAGUGAUGAUGAAGAGCCAGAAUUCAAAUAUUUGAUUAAAUUAAUUCAUCCUCAAAUUCAAAUGAUUAGUAAAAAAGUGCCAGAUUCUUGUGUGAUAUUAACAUCAAAAGAUUUAGAUAUUAGAAUUGUUGAUGUUAAUGUAAAAGAUAUGACUAAUAUUAUGACAGACUCAUCUGAUAUGAUUACAAAAGUGGAAUCAAGAUAUGGAGUGUUAUUUAAAGAAGAACUGAUUUUUGUCAUUUAUAAAGAUGAUGUAUUGUUCAAUAAUCCUAAAACUAAAUUUGCAAAGAAUGGUUAUAUGUCGAGAAAUAAUUGGCCUCCAUGGUUUGAAUGUGAAGUUUGUUAUAAUGGUUCAUGGGCUCAAGAUUAUUUGGUGUCAGAAAGAAAUACAAUUUCAUUAAUUUAUAAAAAUCCUAAUCAGUUGUUUUUAAGUAGUAAUCAUAAGGAUAGUAGUAGUGGAAGUAAAGUCAAUAUUUAUUUAGCAAAAUAUGUGAUUGAUGCUACUUCAGAGCAAUAUUCGUCAAUAUAUUAUGUCAUUACCGAGUUACUUAUAUCUGACGGUAAAAAGGAUACAGUUAAUGAAAGAUUAUCUAGAGUUAUUUCGAUUGCUGAUAGAUCGGAUUUCAAAGGGUUAGAUUUGAAAGUUAAGGAAUUACAAUCAACAAUAAGAGAAUUUAAAGACAUUCUUCUUAAUUUUGAUCAAAAAGGUGGAGUCUUGAGUGAUGAAGAAAAGAGAUAUUUGAAAUUAAUAGAAUUAGAAAUGGAGAAAAGUAAAUUGGAACUUUUAAUGAUUUUUAAAACUGUUAAGAUGAAAAAUAAAAAGAAAGAAGGUAGAGAAUGGUAUAUAAAUAUUCAUGAAUUCAUAUGGCAUAUGUUAGAUGAUAUGAAAAAUCCAUAUGUUGAUAUUGCUGCUUCAAAAGCUUCUUUCAAUAGAACUGAAUCCGUUGAUGGUACCAAUAUUAAUUCAUUUGAAGUUUCAAUGAUGCAAAUGUUUAAUUUACAAAAUCAUUCUUCACAUCCUAUUAUUUUAAGUCCUUCCAAUCCAUCAAUUACUCCAAUUGUUAAAUUUUCAUGGGAAAUGUUGGCAAAUGUUGGUGGUAUUGCUUUAGUUAAAGAUUGUAAAUUAGAAAUGCAAGGGCUUAUUAUUGAUUUAGAUUAUAAUGUUGGUAAACAGAUACAUAAUUAUUUAUUUCCUGGCAAAAAUGAUGAUAAUGAUGAUGAUGAAAGUAGCAGUGAUAGUGAUGAAAGUAUAUCAGAUGAAUCUCAAACAUCUGUUUCUACAAGAUCAUCAAGUCCAUGGAGAAAAAUGACAAAUGGUAAUUCGAUAUUUAGUAAUAUCAAAUCUUCAAGUUCGUCCAUUUCAAGUUAUAGGGAGAAAAAGGCUCAAAACAAGGUUGAUCAAUCAUUCAAGCGUAAACCUGAACAAGAUGAAUUGGAUGUUUUAAUUGAGAGAUCAUUGAAAUAUAGAUCAAUUAUAAAUUUCACAAUUGAGAAAAUGGAUUUGGAAAUUACUGUAACUGGAGCUAGUAUUUUGAAUUGUAAUAAUUUGAAAUUACAAAUACCUAAGAUACAAAUAAAUAAUCAAAUAUUGAGUGUGGAAGAAUUUUCCAAUAUCAUGAAAAAUAAUGUUAUAAAAAUCAUUCUUAAAAAUUCAACUAAGAUCAUCAAUAAUAAAUUCAAAAUACAAAGGAAAAACAACUACAACAAACCAAUCAAGCAAAUUAAUCAUUACAGUGGAUAUAAAACUUUAGAAGAUUUAGAAAAUGAAGGUGAAAGAAUUAGAGAUGAAGUUUUACCACAUCAUCUUAAUGGUCAUCAUCAUAAGCCUGCUCAAAAACAUCAUAUGACUAGGCAUUAUUCUCAUAUUAAUGAUGAUGAGAUUUAUGAUAAUAUUGAUGAUUCUGAAAUUGAUCCAUCGAAAGAUAAAGUUGAAGGUGAUAUAGAUGCUCCAUAA